AAUCUCUCUUAAUCCCUCAAGAAUAUCUGUGUCUUCAGUUCGAUCAACUGCUAAUGGCUAUGACUGCUUCUGCUUCUUCUUUGUAUGAGGUUCUAGGGAUCUCAAUGAGCGCAAGUGGGCACGAAAUCAAGGCUGCGUAUAGGAGGCUGGCCAGAAUGUGUCACCCCGACGUGGUAGCCAUGAACCAGAAGGAAAUGUCUGCAACCGAGUUUAUGAAAAUCCAUGCGGCUUAUUCUACUUUAUCCGACCCUAAUAAAAGAGCCAACUACGAUAGAGACCUCUUCCGGCGGAGACAGCCCAUUGGUUUUUCUUCUGCUCUUUCUUCAGCCGCAAUGGCGUCCAUGUCUAGAUUUUCUGGUGGGUACAAAUACAAUUCCAAGGGAAAUUGGGAGACUGAUCAGUGCUGGUAGAUUAAUCAUUAAUAAAUGUAAUUCUUGUAAAAUGUUAAUUAGGCUAACUCAAUGCCAUAUUUUUUGUGCGGGCUUGUGUUAAA